UUGCAGAGCAGAAGUGAAUUCGAAUUGAGCGGGACUAAUUGUUUUAUUUUGCUAAAACUUACGAGAAACAGGGAGAAUUUUCAAAUAUUUUUAAAAUUUAUGAAAGAAAUAAUAUUACAACAGAUAUUUAAAAAAAAAUUUAAGCGAAGCAUUUUUCUCUAUUCAACCAACCCACAACCAAAGUGCAUUUCAGUGAUAGAUGCAACUAAUCACAGAAAUUAAGACAUUUUUUGUUAUAAAAAAAAUUUUGCAUUAAGAAAACAACGAAAGAAAAAUCACAUUUUUGCAAAAAGUAGCCUAAAACACAAACGAAAGCGUGAACAGUAAAAAUUGCGUGAGGCACGCAACAAAUUGUAAUUUAAAGAAAUAGGGAACUUGUGAAAACUCUCAGUGAAAAUUUGUUAAAGAAAAAGAAACAACUACAAACAUAGUGAAAGUCACAAAAGCUAUUUGCAGGCUGGCAAUACAAGCUGAAAAUAUAUUGAAAGAGUAAAAAAAUCGUAUAUCUAAAAAAUUCAAUAACAAAAAUCUUGCACAUUUUGCGUGCAUUUCUCGAGGGAAACAUUGGUGCAGCAAAUUGUAUACGUUCAUUUAGCCACUCGACCACACUCAACGCUAACCAAAGAAUUGGUUCCAUAUUUACAACAAAGCAAACCAGCAACGGUGAUAGUAAUAGUGAUAAAAGCAGAGUCAACGACAGCAACAGCCUUAAAAUGACAAGUGCGACCGCAACCAAUCUAAAUCGCUCACAUAGUUUUGUGAAUGCACUGAGGUGGUGGCCACUCCAGGGUCACAACCAUCAGUCGAACAAUGCAGCACAAGGAAGCGGCGGCGGUGGUGGUGUUGGCGGUGGAGGUGGGAGUGUAGGUGGCGGCGCCAGCGCAGCCAGCGGAUUAAGCUUGUUGGGAUAUCUACACAAUAAAAAUUCAACGUUUGGCAGCUCUGUGGCGGUGCAAAAGCUACGUGAAUCUAAGUGGUUCAAGCGCGAUGAGCAGCGCAUUUUCUGUGCCGUCGUCGAAUGUGGCUUCAUUGUCGAGGUGCGCAGCAGCAGCAACACCACCAACAACAGAAAUAACAAACGUACAAUGCGCAGUAAUAGUAGCGGCAGCGGAGGCAGCGGUGUUGACGAAUAUGAUGUUGACGACGACAAUGACGAUGAGGAUGAGGAGACGCUGCCGUUGCCAAUGAGGGCGCAGGAUGAAAACGAAACACCAAUGACGUCAUGGUUCGGCAUUGUCCUGUGCAAAACGGCAAAAGACAAUAAACCGAAACCUGAAACUAUCGAGAUAUAUAGUGUGAAAAUUCGUGAUAAUGGCACAUUUAAAAUGCUCAAACUAACACUCGAGGAUAUCUGGAAUCAAGGCUGGGAACUGCGAAUUAAUAAUUUCGCCGACAAGGAGAAAUCAGCACAUAACGAAAAGGACAUACGAAAUCAGGUGUCCUUUGCGCGCAAGGCCAAACACAGUUUGUGGAAUAAUAACAAGCAUUUCGUGUAUUGGUGCCGCUAUGGUAGCCGCCAGCAAGAUGUGCGGAAGCGACAGAUGUCCGAGUGCGUAAAGUGGGGCAGCGUGGGCAUGAAUGCCGGCAUGUUGUUGCUAAUGAACAAACAAAAAUCCUACUCCACCUCCAAGUGAGGGGAUAUACAUACAUAUACACAAGCGUAAGCAGUUAACGGCGUAGAAGAAUCCAACAAAUCCCCAGUGAGGAUUCGCGAUCAAUCAAUCAAUCGAUCAAUCAAUCAAUGGAGAGAGAUAAAGAAAGAAAUAUUGCACUGAAGAUAAGAAGCAAAAACAAAAAAACUAAAAACAGAAACAAAAAAAAGAACAAAAACAACACUGAAAAGAACGUGUAUGCCUCUACUUAAGUUUCAUUGAUUUUAUAUACACAUACAUACAUACACAUAAAUACACACUCACCUAUAUACACGUACGUCAAUACAAAGUGCUAUAUGCGUGCAUACACACAUGUAAGUGAUUUGUGGCGCUAUAAUUUUUACAGUGAUAACACAAAAAUGUAUAACAUUUAAUUUAACCCUGCGCGGCCAAUGAUAUUUUUAAAAGUCAGUUACACGCUAUAAUUGGUAGUCGAAAGGACUAACAAGCAGGGUUAAUAUUGUGUGUCCGCACGUACAACUGUAUGAGGUGGUAAACUUUUUGAAAUUGGUACUUCAAGCCCAAAGAAAAAUUAUAAUUGAAAAAAAUAGGUAAAUGCGCAGGCGCUGCUCAAUCAUGAAAUACACAUAUACGUGCAUAUAUUCACAUGCAAAACAAAAACGAAUAUUAAAUUUAUAUACAUACAUACAUAUUUAUAAAUGGCAAAAACAAAAUUUAUUAAUUAUUAUUAUUAUUUGUAGGGGAUAUAAAAACAAAAUUUAUUCAAACAAUUUGUAGUUAAAAAUCUACUCCAACGCUAAAAUUUGUACGCAAACAUGGCAGAGAGCUUGAGCGACUUCAAAAAGCAACAGUCUCUUAUAUUUCGAAACCGAAAGCGAUAAUAAUUUUCAAUAUGUGCAACUACGCCGGAAUGCAUAGUCAAAGUUGUUCCCAAUUGCAUAGAGACGCAAUUUCAAUACUUUUUAAUUUUCAUACAAAAAAAUUUUUUUUUUCUAAUUUUCAUACAAAAAAAUUUUUUUUUUAA